CUAGUAUAAAAGAAACUGUGUAAUCAGCUUCAGCAAACAGUGACUGAGCUAUUCUCUUUAAAGUUGACAUUAAAGAAAGGAAGAAUCAAAGAUGAAGUUAUAUUUAGGAGCUCUUGUAGUAAUUUUCGCAGUGGUUUUGUGUGUGAGCAGUGAAAGCAUUUCGGAAGAUGAAGUUGCAGAACUAAUCAGUGAUUACAAUCAUCUAUACAAAAACUAUGAAGGAGAGAAGAAUGCACCGAUUCGUGAAAUGGCCCAAAAAACAAAGGAUCUGACGCUAAAGUAUUUUAAAACAGUCGGAAUCGAAAUAGCUAAACACAUGUGCAACAGUCUUGAUAAUAUUGUGGCAUCAAUAAACAAAAUUGAUGAUUAAGUUUAAACAUAUUUUUAAUGUUAUCAGAACUUCAAUAAAUAUUUAAAUUUUUCUGCCUUAAAAAAGGUGUUCAAAUAAAAUUUCAUGAGAUAUUUUGCAUUCAUAAUUUCGUGAUUGCCGAUUACAAAAUUAAACAUGCUUAUUCAUAUUUGAUUAGAAAAAAUGAAAUAUCGUGUCAUAUUUCAUGAAAUAAAGCAUUAGCCAAUAAAUUUAUGAAAAAAAGAAAAAAUAUAACACUACACUCCUGGUGGGGAUCGAACCCACGACUUUUGGAUUAGAAGUCCAACACGCUUUCCUCUGCGUCACAGGAGCAGUU